AUGGGAAUUGGACGGUACGGUUCAAAACAGCAGUCGCAACAUUCGGUGCUUGAAACAAACGAAAAGUUCGUAAAAGAAAUAGAAAUUAAAUAUAAAGGAGCAAAAGACAUUCAACAUGAAGACAAACCACCAGAACGAUCACGACUGAAUAUUGGCUCAAUCAUAUCAUUUGGGAAUCGAAUGUUUUUUCCAUCAUCUAGUCAUUGUGGUUUUGAUGUAUUAAAAGAGAAAACACAAGACUCAUUCAUUUAUGAUCAAGAUGCAAAUGAAUUGAUAGCAUCUAAUGAAGAUAAAAAUAAUUUAUCCGAUGAUUUACCACCAUUAGAAAUUGUACAACAAAUGAUUGUUUAUGAAACACACUUAAGAUUAUCUGAAUCUGUACAACAAUUGAUGGAUUUUUAUCAUGAAGAUGAACAUGCUGUUACAUUGAUUCAUGAUUAUUUACAAAAAUCUGUCGUUGAAAAAUUUGGAUAUAAGCAUGUCAAUGCACUUCGUACGGCUCUUGCACGAUUUCCUGACGAUCCAAUUGUACAAUCUGCAUUUUACAUCAAAUAUAAUCGUAUAACACAAGGUAAAAUGAAUGUUGAUGAGCCGGUGAUUGAUAUUGAUUUGUAUAAGUUAAAUGGCGAACAAACAACAUUAUUAUCACAAAUAUGUCUAAAUCAUCGUCCAAUGAUUCUUGUUGCUGGAUCAACUGAAGCACAUGCAAAAGAUCAAUGGCCAAUUGGAAAAACAAUAUCCUGUAAUAAUCAACCAAAAAUAAUGGAAGAACGUUUAGAAAUAGCUAAUCGCUUUUGUAACGAAUUUAAAUUAGAAAUGCCAGUAUUAAUUGAUAAUAUGGAUAACACAUUUCAUUCAACGUAUGGUGCAUGGCCAUUUCGAUUCUAUAUUAUACACAAUGGAAAACUAGUAUUUAAAGCACAACCAGGUCAAGAUAAUUAUGCCUAUAAUUUAGAUGAAUUAGAUGAAUGGAUUGAACAGUAUCGUCAUCAAAUACAAGAACAAUAA